GGCUGCCGCGCGUCGCCCAAGGGACCGCCGAGUUGCCGCCUCUCCCCGAAGUUUUACCCGGCGUUGCGGCAUGGCGGGCACCGCCCACUGCUCCCUGCAGGCCAAGCGCCUACUCUUGGACCCCAAGUUCGAGGGCUACAAGCUGUCCUUGGAGCCACUGGCCUGCUACCAGCUGGGGAUCGAUGCGGCUGUAGCAGAAGUGAAACUUCGUGAUGAUCAGUAUACCCUCGACCACAUGCGUGCUUUUGGCAUGUAUAAUUAUCUGCACCUUGAUUCCUGGUACCAGGAUAAUGUCUACUAUGUUGAUCAGUUUGGAAGAGUUAUGAAUCUAUCAGUGACUCUGGACACUGCUCUACAAAAGCCAAGAGAAGUUUUCAGGCUACCUACCGACUUAACAGCUUAUGAUGAUCGCCUUUGUUCCUCGAUACACUUCCCAUCUUCCACGUGGGUUACCCUUUCUGAUGGUACAGGAAGACUCUACUUAAUUAAAUCAGGCAAGCGUGGAAACAGUGCAUCCGAAAAGUGGGAGAUUGUGUUUAAUGAAGAACUAGGAAGUCCAUUCAUUAUAGCACAUAGUGUUUCAUUUGUAAAAUCUGAUGUGCAUUCAGUAGCUGUGCUGCUGCUUAGGGUAGAAAAAGAUGAAUCGGACACAAAAGGAAGUGGAUUUCAUGUUACCUUGGAAUGGCUUACAAUUGGAGAGAUAAGCAAAGAGGGUGAUCACAGGUAUGAAAUCUUUAAAAGGAGAGUUUUACAAGGAAAAUCAGUCCCUCAUUAUGCAGCAAUAGAGCCCAGUGGGGAUGGUCUAAUGAUUGUUUCUUACAAACCAUUCAAAUUUAUGCAUGAUGAAGAAGACAAACCAGAAGAAAAUGAUGAUGCAAAAACAACAAAUGAAAAGAAAGAGCCUGUCUAUUACUGGCAGCAGACUGAAGAUGAUGUGACAAUAACAGUUCACAUUCCUCAAGACAUCACUAAAGAUGACAUAAAAGUACGCUUUUCCCCUGAUAACAUUUGUGUUACACUGAGGGACCAGCCUCCUUUGAUGGAAGGGAAACUCUAUUCAUCGGUGGACCAUGAAAGCUGCACGUGGAUAAUUAGAGAGGACAAAAGGUGUCUCGAUAUCUCUCUAAUUAAGAAAAAUGAGGGACCCCAGUGGCCAGAGCUAAUACUUGGUGACACAAGAGGAGAGAUCAUUAUUGACCCUUCCCAGUGCUCUAAAAUAUCUGAAAGCUUGAUGCAUCUUACUUCUGAAGUAAUGAAUCCAAACCCUGAAAAGGAGAACCCCCCUUGUAAUGCUCAAGAAUUAGAAGAAUGUGAUGCUUUUCUUGAAGAUAGUGCAAGCCUGUGCAGAUUUGAUGGUGAUACCUUGAAAGUCACUCAUGUAAUUCAUCUUGGAAGCAACCAGUAUCUUUUUUCAGUUGUUGUGGAUCCCAAAGAAAUGCCAUGCUUUUGCUUGAGGCAUGAUGUUGAUGCUCUUCUCUGGCAGCCCCAUGCUGACCAGCCAGAGAACAUGUGGGAACAUGUUGCAACUUUUAAUGCUUUAGGUUAUGUCCAAGCAUCAAAGCAAGACAAGAAGUUCAUGGCUUGUGCUCCAGAUUACUCCUACGCUGCUCUUUGUGAGUGCUUGCGACGAAUUUUCAUCUACCGCCAGCCGACUCCUCUGUCCACGGUGCUGUACAACAGGAAGGAAGGAAGACAAGUGGGACAGGUUGCUAAGCAGCUAGUAACAACCCUGGAAACCAAUGAUCCUAUCUUAGGCUUUCAAGCUACAAGUGAGAGAUUAUUUGUUCUCACAACAAAAACCUUGUUUUUAAUAAAGGUGAACUCUGGAAAUUAAUUAUUUAGUAUAUUCUGCUCUACUUUGUGUUAACAACUUGGUAAAGUCUUGACUAGGUAACUUAUCUGAGAUGUGCAAUUUGCUGAAAUUUUAAAAAGGAGAUUUUAUGGGGGAAUCAAAAUUUUUCAUUAGAAUUUGUCUGCAGGUGAGCAAGCUUUUCAGUUUUGCUGUCACUGAACCAAGUUUUUUCAGAGCUGUGGGAAAAUGUCUUCUGCACUAAGCUUUCCCUGAGCAAUUGUCAGAGGCUGCUACUGCAUGAGUGAAUAGAUUGGUGCAUCGUUUUUUCCAAGUGACUGGUUUUUGCCAUAGCCCUGAGUUUGGAGUAUUCACUUCUGUUUUUAAAUGCCACAGUUUAUCUAUGAAAUAAGUAAGCAGAUAAGGAAAAAUUAAAGCCUGCAGCUAAAAUCAUCUGAUGUGCAAAGUAAAAAACGUGUGUGUCAUAAAGGAAAAAUAUAUCCCAAACCCAAAUGCUAUUGGCCAAAAAAGAUUAUUUAGUAUUUCAAUAUUCAGUAGUAAUGAGUAAAAAAUGAAUGGAAUGGAUGGAAUAUUAUACAGGUGAUUAAUUCAAAGGGGUUAGUUUCAUUGUGUAUGCAUAUUCUAUAUGCGUAUGGGUAGAUCUGGAACCUACUCAUACUUGCAGUGACAUCUGUUCA